GGGGGUUGCUGCCAAGUGUCCUACGCUCGUGGGGUACCGCUUGGGUCCUGAUUGACCGACGGGUGGCAUUGCCAGGAGGUGACGUUGGAGCCGUUUGCAGCUCACACCUAGUCAUAGGCUGAUCUGACUUUCCUCAAUUAGAGAUUUUUAAAGACAGAGGCUCGCCAUGUACCCUGGCUGUCCCAGAACUCACUAUGUGGACCCCUGGGCUGGUCUCGGACCCACAGCUCUAUCUCCUACCCCUGUUUGCGAGUUCCAGGCAUGAGCCACACACCCAGCUCUAUGAACCUAACGUGUACAGACUUCAGACCAAGAUGCCUGCUGCUUCCGUCUGGAUAGGAUUAUGUUGGCAACGCAGUUGGAACUGUAGACUUUACGCUCAAAUCCUUAAGUUCUGUGGAACACCAGUGUUGCCUGACAGUCCUGGUCUGUUCCUGUUUAUUCUCCUGGAGUGCUAGGGACUGGUUUUCCCUUUCUCCUUGAACAGCAGUGGCAGAGCUGUGUGUUCAAUACAGACAGACUGAGGAGGGGAUGGUAAGCGAGCUUAUCGCCUUCUGCACCAGCACGGGGAAAAUGUACCUUACUUCAGAGAUCCUGCACUCUUUUGAACACGAGGUUCUGAACAAAAAAUUAUCCAAAGCUUGGCACAGUGCCUCCAAAAACAGUGGGCAUGCAGGAGCGAGAGACAUUGUUUCCAUCCAAGAGCUAAUUGAAGCAGAGGAAGAAGAGGAGACGCUUUUGAACUCUUACACCACACCCUCUAAGGGUUCCUGUAAGCGAGCUAGCAGCGCCCUAGAAACCCCCCUAACAAAGAGGAGUGUCUCUGCCCUCAGCCCACAUCAGCUUCUCUCACCAUCAAGCUUCUCCCCAAGUGCUACCCCCUCCCAGAAGUACAACUCAAGAACCAACCGGGGAGAGGUGGUUGUCACCUUUGGCUCAGCGGAGGGCGUGUCUUGGUCCGGGAGAGGAGGUUCUGGAAGCGUCACCCUGAAGGCCAUAGAGCCUCUCACUGGCACCUACAAAUUUAUGUUUCAGCAGCUCCCAGAUGUUCGAGAAGCUCUGAUCUGUAAGAUAGAAGAGCUCGGCAGCGAGCUGAAGGAGCAUUACAAGAUCGAGGCUUUUUCUCCUCUCCUAGUCCCAGCACAAGAGCCUGUCACCGUACUGGGUCAGAUCGGCUGUGACAGCAAUGGGAGGCUGAACAGCAAGUCAGUGAUUCUUGAGGGAGACCGGGAACACUCCUCAGGCACUCAGAUUCCGGUGGAUUUGUCUGACCUCAAGGAAUAUUCCCUCUUUCCUGGACAGGUUGUAAUUAUGGAAGGAUUCAACACCACUGGUAGGAGAUUCACUGCCACCAAACUCUAUGAGGGUGUGCUGCUUCCAUUCUACCAGCCCACCGAAGAGGACGGAGAUUCCGAGCAGACUGUGGUUUUAGUUGCCUGUGGACCUUAUACCACCUCUGACAGCACCGCAUACGAGCCCCUGCUUGAUCUGAUCACUGUCAUCAACCGUGACAGGCCCGAUGUCUGCAUCCUGUUUGGACCUUUCCUGGAUGCUAAACAUGAACAGGUGGAGAACUGUCAUUUGACAAGCCCGUUUGAAGAUGUUUUCAAGCAGUGCCUGAGAACAGUUAUCGAAGGAACAAGAAGCAGCUCUGGCUCCAACCUUGUCUUUGUCCCAUCUCUGAGGGAUGUACAUCAUGAACCAGUGUACCCACAGCCGCCCUUCACCUUCCCUGAACUGCCUCGAGAGGACAAAAAGCGAGUGAGGUUUGUGUCAGAUCCCUGCAGCCUCUCCAUAAAUGGAGUAAUGUUUGGCUUGACGUCCACAGACCUGCUGUUCCACAUUGGGACCGAGGAGAUCUGUAGCUCUUCCGGGACUUCGGACAGAUUCAGCCGAAUCCUCAAGCACAUCCUGACACAGAGAAGCUACUACCCACUUUACCCGCCCCACGAGGACAUGGCCAUAGACUACGAGAACUUCUAUGCCUAUGCCCAGCUGCCGGUCACCCCUGAUGUCUUCAUAGUGCCGUCAGAGCUGAGGUACUUCGUGAAGGAAAUCCUUGGCUGUGUCUGUAUGAACCCCGGGCGGCUCACCAAAGGACAAGUGGGCGGCACCUUCGGCCGCCUCUACCUCAGGAGGCAGCCCAUGGCUGGGGACGGCGGGGGCAGGCAGGGCCUGAGCGUGGCUGCACAGGUGGUCAGGAUCUGAGCCUUCAGCCUGGGUCCCGCAGCCUCACAAACACCAGUGGCCCAGGCAUGGCCAUCUGAUGACCAGACCGUUGGUGCGCCUGACAAGGAUCUGGCCAUGGGGACAGUACUGCAGGGCUAGGGCCCCAUGGAGCUGUGCCUUGCCAUGAACCGCGCCUCCCUCCUUGCUUCACAAGGUAGAUGGGGUGUCCAGAAGUGAGCCAUCUGUGGAGACUGCCUGCCCAGAAAGGCAGAAAAACUUUGCGAUGUUCUGUAUGAAUCAAACAUGGCAUUUAAAGAAAUAAAUUUUUUUAGUAUAACUGA